GCGUCGAGGGGGCGGGGCCAUCCCGGCAAGAUGGCGCCGUCCAUGCUGCGCCAGGUCUGCAGGCUCCUGGCCCCCGCCCGGCUCCCCCGCGCCUUCUCGGCCCGAUCCAAGUUCUACGUCCGGGAGCCGCCGGACAGCAACCCCAACUGGCUGAAAGUGGGCCUGACCUUGGGCACGUCCAUCUUCCUGUGGUUCUACCUUAUCAAGGAACAUAAUGACGAUGUUUCAGAGUACAAAAGAAGAAAUGGGUUGGAAUAAACUUUUGAGAUACUGACAUAGCGUGUUGUAAACAGUGACUAUAGCAGUCUUCCAGGACCCACCAAUCUGCUGAAUUGCACAUGUGAGAGAAAAAGUUACUUGUGGAUGUCUGUCAAGUCAGCAGUUGUUCUUUACACUGUCAAAUGAAAAAAUAAAUACUCUGUA